AUGGCGCCAUCAGUUUCACCUCCCCUGUUUUCCGCUCCCGGAAGCGCGGGGAUCGAAGGUCAUUCCGACUGCGCCGGCUCGAGAGGGAGGGAUCGUUACCACGGCAACGCGCGAAUAGUUCGGGCCGCUGCACCCGGCGGGAAGCGGGGAGCCGCGGUGCUGGCGACAGGCGGGGCUGCGAGCGCCGAGGGGCCCGGGCGCCCGGGGCCGCUGCAGGACGAGACCCUGGGCGUGGCGUCGGUGCCCUCGCAAUGGAGGGGCGUCCAGGGCAUCCGCGGGGAGACGAAGGGUUGCCAGACGGCCAGCAUUGCCACUGCCGACGCAUCCGUCCAGGCCCGGAAGCAGGCAGAUGCCCAGGUGCAGACGGAGGCCCCCGUGCCAGUGACUGUGCUGCCCAUGUCCCAGCAUGACACCUCACGGCUGGCAGCGUUUCUCCGGAGGGUGGAGGCCAUGGUCAUCCGAGAACUAAACAAGAACUGGCAGAGCCAUGCCUUUGAUGGCUUCGAGGUGAACUGGACUGAACCACAGCAGACGGUGUCCUGUCUGCACACCCUGGGCUACCCCCCAGCACAAGGGCAGGGUCUGCAUGUGACCAGUGUUUCCUGGAAUGCCACUGGGUCAGUGCUGGCCUGUGCCUAUGGUCGGCUGGAUGAUGGGGACUGGAGCACUCUCAAGUCCUACGUGUGUGCCUGGAACCUGGACCGGCGAGGCCUGAACCCCCGGCAGCCGUCGGCAGUGGUGGAGGUGCCCAGUGCCGUCCUGAGCCUGGCCUUCCACCCCACCCAGCCCUCCCACCUUGCAGGAGGGCUGUAUAGUGGCGAGGUGCUGGUGUGGGACCUGAGCCGUUCUGAGGACCCACUGCUCUGGCGCACAGGCCUGACAGAUGACUCCCACACGGACCCGGUGUGCCAGGUCCUCUGGCUGCAGGAACCUCGGUACAGCCACCGCUUCGGGCUGCUGAGUGCGGCAGGGGACGGGAAGAUGCUGCUGUGGCAGGGGGCGGGGGCAGGCCAGCUGCAGCUCACGGAGGGCUUCGCCCUGGUGGCCCAGCAGCUGCCGCGAAGCACCAAGCUGAAGAAGCCUUCCCGGGGUGAGACGGAGGUGGGUGCCACGGCGGUGGCUUUCUCCAGCUUUGACUCCAGCCUUUUCAUUGUGGGCACGGAAGGCGGCUUCCCACUCAAGUGUUCCCUGGCAGCAGAAGAGGCGGCCCUCACCCGGCUGCCCAGCUCGGUGCCCCUGCGGGCGCCCGCGCAGUUCACCUUCUCCCCGCACGGGGGCCCUGUCUACUCCGUGAGCUACUCCCCCUUCCACAGGAAUCUCUUCCUGAGCGCAGGGACAGACGGCCACAUCCACCUGUACUCUGUGCUGCAGGCCCAACCCCUGACCUCACUGCAGCUGUCCCACAAGUAUCUUUUUGCUGUGCGCUGGUCCCCUGUGCGCCCCCUGGUUUUUGCAGCUGCUUCUGGGGAAGGUGACCUGCAGCUGUUUGAUCUCCAGAAAAGCUCCCAGAAACCCACAGUGUCCAUUGUGCAGACCCAGGACGGAAGCCCCGUCUACUGUCUGGAAUUCAACAGUCAGCAGACCCAGCUCUUGGCUGCUGGUGAUGCCAAGGGCACGGUGAAGGUGUGGCAGCUAAGCACUGCCUUCACUGAACAGGGGCCCCGAGAAACAGAAGACCUGGACCAGCUGGCAGCGGAGGUGGCCACCUGAGGGGCACAAGGGUCACAGUGGGAUGAGGCGGUCGAGCUGUUUCUGGUGUGAGCUGAAUAAAGAGGAGCAAAGCGUUCA